AUGAAUGCCUUUGAGAUGGUCUCCCUUUCGGCCCGUUGGUCCAUGGAGAAUGGACCUCCAAGCGGCCGUUCCACCGAUGCGGUACGUGCCGCCCCCGAGACCAGUAGCACCUCCCGCUACGGGGCCAGCCGUCGGGCUGCGUCCCCCCGGAUUGCCGCCAUUAGGAUUCCGGUGAUUCCUCCUGGUUAUCAGCAGAUCCCAGGGUACGAAGCCCACCGUCAGCGACAGGAGGCUCGCGCGCUCAUGGGCUCGAUUGCGGAGCGCCGGGGCAGACCAACCCCCGCCCCAAUCUUGGUUCGUGGUGAUGCUCCGAGUCUUCUGUCGUGCCGACGACGGUCCCUGGGUGCCGCUUGUGCUGUUGCCUUUGCCGGAGCCGGAGCUCAGCAGCUACCCAAUGAGCAAACCCGGACUAUGUUUUGGGGGAGCUUUCUGCUGGUGCUUUUGGUGAAGAUGGUAGUGGGGUUUCUGUAG